UGCGUAUCCCACAAUCCCCCUCGUUGCAGCUUCAGCCCGGCGCCCAGCCGUAGCCUGCCCAUCUGUCUUCUCAGUGAGUGUCGGCGGCAAGUCUCUGCAGUGCUGACUGAGCGACAGCGACACGGAUUCGGGGAUACUCGGGGCUGCUCGGAGAAGAACAUCUCAACCAGGGGCUGGAUUUUUACAUCAAAUUAAACGUUUUUAUAGGUGACUUAAAACCCACCAGACGUUUAGAGACUCGGUGUGGUAUCCCGCGUUAGAAAUAUAUAAUCCAUUUUUUUUAAAGCGAAUUUAACACGGCGUAACCAAAUGCAUUCUGCAUUAUUGCCUAGAAAACUGGAAAUCCAUCGGGUCGAGGAGGAGCUUCGGGAUUUCUCUCAGCUGGGAGACAAGAAUAUGUCAAGGCGAAAACAGACCAACCCUUUCAAAGUUAAUUGGUCUUUCCCCUCGACAGGGCUAGCUGGCCCAGAGCACUCAGUGGCAAUGGAGGGAAGAGCAGAUUUCACAGAGGACAACGAGAGCCGCAGCAACAACUCCCACGAGGCAGAUGAACAGGACAGCGUCUCGGAGGAUAGCGACAGUGACCAAGAUAAUCCUGAUUCAUCUUCCAACACGUCCGCUGAUGACACCCUGAUGUCCCCGAAGUGUGGCCCUUCUGACGGGGACAUGAAAAAGGAGUGCAAUGGGGGUAAUGAUUUGAAUAACAGCUACAUAUGCUCGCUGUGUCACGUGGAGUGUGGCAACCCGGAUCACAUUAUUGCACACAUCUACCAGCACACGACUAUGCAUGGAAACAGUAAGAGCUACGUGUGCCCGGUGUGUGGGCGAGCUCUGAGCUCACCAGGCUCUCUGGGGAGACACCUCCUUAUCCACUCCGAGGAUCGCCUCUCAAACUGCGCAGUCUGUGGAUCCCAUUUCACUGACAUGAGCAACUUCAACAGGGAGAAGCUACGAGACUUCCUCAACUCUGAGAACAGCAACAGCAAAGGGGGCUCUUCUCUAUCCCAGCCACUUCCAGACCUGAACCCGAAUCUCAUACCCAACCUUACCUCCUCCAUUGCUCCGCUCCCUUCACUCUCUGACAGCCUGAACUCUCCAACACCCUCCCCCCCUCUGCUUCCAGAUGUCUUGAACCCGGGGCCUGUCUACCCAGCUGGGGUCCUGCUGGUCUGCAACAGCUGUGUGGCAUACCAGAAUCUAGUGGAGGUCCAGUCAUCCUCCAUGAGGAAGUGGGCGGUCCGGAGGCAGAACGAACCCAUGGAGUCGAGGAUGCACCGUCUGGAGAAAGAGCGGGAGGCCAAGAAGAGCAAGCGGGCCAGCGAGUCGCCUGAUGAACGUGAGCUGCGCAGGCUGAGGGACCGCGAGUCCAAGCGCCUCCAGAGGAUGCAGGAGACGGAGGAGCAGAGGGCGCGCAGGCUUCAGCGGGACCGGGAGGCGAUGCGGCAAAAACGAGCCACCGAGACUCCUGAGAAGAGGCAGGCCCGGCUCAUCCGGGAGAGGGAGGCCAAGCGGCUGAAACGGAGGCUGGAGAAGAUUGACCCCACCCUGCGGACACAGAUCGAGCAUGACCCUGCAGCAAUGGCGGCUCUUACCGCUGACAUGAACCUCUUCCCGUUCCCCAUGACCUGCCCAAGUCUAGAAAACAGCCUCUUCAUGAAACUGCCCUAGCAUGGAAAAGGGUUUGAAGCUGCUCCCCACCUCUGGUUGAAUAUAGCCACAAAACUGGUUCACAAGAAAGGGAUAAAAAGAUUUUAUGAUUCCUUCUGUUGGACCAACAAAGUGAAUGAGUUGCUGCACACUACGCUAAUAUAAACUCAGUAGCUUGUGUACUACUUUACUGUACGGUACCUCAUUCAAUUUCUUUUUUUUUGUUGAGAAAACUGGAGCAUAGCCCCUUCAGUCCUUAAUUACUGAUCUAAGGGACAUGAAGAGGUAAAAUUAGCAACAGAAUCAAUUAACCCAUCUAUGUGUAAAGGAUUGUAUAGCAUUAGAAUUGACUUGUGUUGAAUUUGACCUUGAAGGAUACAAAAUCAUUUCUGCAUCUGAAUUUAAACAACCUUAGUUGGCACAACUAAUUACUAUAUGUUGAAGUGAAUGGGAAAUUUAAGAUUUUAUUUUUUAUUUGUAUUAUUGCAAGGAGUGACGUGAAGACAACCUGAUGCAACAAACUAAAAGUUAGCUUAUCAAGAACUAGUGAUAAUGUUGACUGGAAUGGAGUUACUUGGACUUUGCGGACCAGUGACUGGAACUCGCUGGCAGCUGUUAGCCGUGGCUUUGCCUUGCUGCCGAUGUGAGUCGAUAGCCAGUUUAUAUUCAGUGAAUCUACUACCUCGGGAUUGGACCUUGCAGUGAUUUCACUGUGUAGUGACCUAGUUGGACUUAAGAGGGCGCAUUUACAAAGCCAGUGCCAGUAGGUGUACAGAAUUUCAAUUUAUGUGCUGGCAUGAUAAUGCUUUAUGAAUACAGCCCAAAAUGCUUAAUCCUGCCCCUCUAAUCCAGGAAUUAACUUGGAUCGUAUGUUGUAAGAGAUCUGUUGUGUUUUUAUUGUUUUUGGUAUUUUUUAAAGAAUGUUACAGGCAUUUGGAGGGGAG